GUGAUGGGCUGCUGAUGAGCUCCUGCCCCGCCCUCCUUCCCCCAGCUAGCAGCAGGUACUGCAGGUGUGAAGUGGAGGAGGAGCUAUUGGAUUGCUGAGACCAUGGUGCAGCUGGGGCCGUCUCUCCUGCAGCGAUAAGAGUCCCUGCUGGCCUCGGCACAGGACCCACACCCGCCAUGGUGGAGUACUAUGAAGCCCUGGGCAUUCCCCGCAGCGCCUCCUCUGACGACAUAAAAAAGGCGUACAGGAAGGCGGCGCUGAAAUGGCACCCGGAUAAGAACCCGGAGAACAAGGAACACGCCGAGCAGAAGUUCAAAGAGAUCGCGGAGGCCUACGAAGUGCUGUCAGACAAGAGCAAGCGCGACCUCUACGACCGCUACGGCAAGGAUGGGCUCACGGGGGCAGGGACCGGGGAUCCCCGGGGUGGUGCCGGAGCUCCCGGCUUCACCUUCACCUUCCGCGGCGCGGACGAGGUCUUCAGAGAGUUCUUUGGGGGACGAGAUCCUUUCGCUGACUUCUUUGAUGACGUGGGCCUGUUCUCAGAUCUGCAUGCUGGAGGCCCGCGGGGCCACGGGCGGGGGGGGCCCUCUGUUGCCUACUCCUUCUGCUCCUACGCCUUCCCAGAGCAGUCAGAUUUCUUCUCCUCGUCCUUCAGCCCCGGCACCGAGCCCGGAAUCGGCUUCCGCUCGGUUUCCACCUCCACCACCUUCGUCAACGGCAAACGCAUCACCACGAAGAGGAUCAUCGAGAACGGCCAGGAGCGGGUGGAAAUCGAGGAGGACGGAGAGCUGAAAGCGACAGAGGUGAAUGACGUAGCCAAAAAUGUGGAGCCUCAGGUGGGGCUGCACCGCCAGGAACAGCACGACAUCCUGAGCUCUGCGUCCGACUCCCCCACCCCACAGCGCCCCCAGAGCACGGCCUCCUCCUACGGGCUCCCCGAAGAGGAGGACAAAGAUCUGCACCGGGCCAUGGCCUACAGCCUGUCGGAGCUGGAGGCCGCGGGGCAGCACCGAGCGGACGCCCGCGGCUCCAAGAAGAGACGGGGCAGCGCGCGGCGGGCCCGCAAGGGGGCCAGCGAGGAGGCGGGCGCUGCCCGGGCGCCUCAGAGCAGGGCCAAGGGAGCAGAGAGCCCUGGCGGGGGAGACAACGCGAAGGAGGGGGAGGAGAGGACGGCCGAGGGGCAGAAGGGGGGGGGCAAUCCUGGCGCUGCGGGGGGCGGGCUGGUGCCGGACGAGAGCGAGUUCACGCUCAGCGACCUCAAGUCAACGCUUGCUGAGAUCGAGGCUGCUCCUGACGAGCUGGAGUCGGUCGUGUGUGUCCUCCUGUGACGGAGGCCGCGGGGAGCCCUCAGCAGGCUGGGAUCCGCCGGGGCUGCAGCAGGCAGCGGCUAGUAAAGGUCAGCGCCAGCGCU